AUGCGGUUUCUCUUUUGCGCCUUAGCAAGUCUCGGAAUUGUAAUCGGUGGACAAACUCCCCUGCCUUCCUCCGGGACCUUUUCCGAGCCAUGCGCGCAAGUCAGUGCUGCCAGCGCCUCCUACGUGGCUGCUACCCCAACAGUCACAGCGGCCCUUGUUGACGGCCAACUCUUCCAUGAAUGCUUGCAGUCCAUCCCGAUCGACACCCAAGCCGCCCUCGACCUUCUGCAUUCGCUGCAACCUUAUGUCGAACUCCAGUCGACGUUGCACUACCUAGCGGACCCUCCAGCCGACUAUCCACACGCGGCAAUAGACAUCCUCAGGUCUCUCCAAGAUCUAAUCGACAAAGUUGCUGGGGGAGAAUACACCGGCGAAUAUGCAUUUCAAACCGACUUGUACCGCCUCUUUCUGUCCGCUCGGGACGGUCACUUUUCAUUCAUCCCGGACCUCUUGAGCGUAGGCGCAUUCAAAAUUCCCGAUGCGGCGCUCGUGUCCGUCUCGUCUGACGGCCUACAAUUACCACGAGUCUAUUUGCGAAGCGAUGUGUCUGGCCAACCGCCUGUAGUUGAACCUGAAUCAAUCACGGUUCAAGGCAGUAUCGAUCUAGCAAUUCAACAUGAGGCCCACAGUCAGCCCCCGUCACAUGUGGUCAGCAUUAACGGCGUUCCAACACUAAAAUAUCUGAUGUCCCAGGCCGGGGAGUUCCCUUUCCAUGACCCCGAUGCCGGAUACAACUUCCUGUUCUGGGAGGCUGCACAGGUAGCUCAGUUCGGCGCUGCUGCAGGAGAUGGAGGGUUUGUGAAUCCGGUAUUCUAUCCAGGUCCACAAACAAGCAUUGAAUUCGCUAAUGGAUCGGUUCUUCAUGUCCCGACUCUUGCCGAGAUAGCCAUUAGUUUCGACAAUGUGACGGAUGGAUCGUCUGCUUAUACAAAGUUCUGCGUUUACAAGGAGCCCCAAGGAACAACGCCUCCUGCCCAGCCUCCGCCUCCGUCGAAGCAUGAGCAGUUACCACUUCUGCCAUUCUACCCCGAACCUGUCGUCAGUGACUUCGGAAGACGGGUGGCAGGAUAUUUUCUCGACGCCGAGAAGAAUGACACAGCAGUCUUGUCGGUUCCCAGCUUCGAUAUCCCGGACGAGGAGGCAACCGGCUUCCAGGCCACGGUCUCGAAGUUUCUCGAGCAGUGCAGAAUCGAGAAAAAGACCAAGUUGAUUAUCGAUGUCUUCGCCAAUGGAGGCGGAAUCGUCGAACUAGGGCUGGAUUUGUUUGUUCAACUAUUUCCGGAUCUGGAACCCAUUGCUCUGGCGAACAUGCGCGCUUCGUCUGUUCUGGAUGACCUUGGAACAAGAAUGUCCCAGUUAAACGUGAGCGACUCCGGCUCUGCCGUGGGGAAUCCGUUCGACGUCCAUUCGUAUCUUACGCCGGACGGAUCGCCAUGGCAGGACUGGGCUCACAUGUAUAGCGGGGAAGAGUCUGCGGAAAGAGAACAGAAGCAACUUUAUCGUCAUGGCAAUGUUGCGCGGCGCCAAGAUGAAAAGGAAGUCCACGAGAGUAGCUUCCAAAGACUUGAAGAAGAAACCGACAACAGCCGUCUCACUAUUGUUGACGACCACCAACUCAAUUCCUCCAAUGAUGGCAGGCCUCUCACCAACGUUUUUCGACCCAACCCGGACAUCCUUGGCCCUCCAGGCUUCCAUAUGACUCCGACUAACAAAUCCGCCCGGCCGAUCUUCGACCCGUCGAACGUUGUCCUCUUGACAGAGGGUUAUUGCGCAUCCACAUGCGCCGUUUUCGCCGAACUAUUGAAGACGCAGACUGGAGGCCAGGUGAGGUCUGUGGUAGUGGGUGGACCGCCAAUCGGUGCUCAUACCCGGGGAACUGGAAAUGGAAGCAGAAAUCGUAACGGAGAUAUCAUAGACCAAGUAUUACCGCCUCCCAUGCAGUACCUUGGCGCCACCAAAGGUCACACGUUCUGGUCAAUCGAGUCGAUACUAGCCACUGCCAGGCUUGCGGGAGAACAGGCGGCUUUGCCGAGCGCGCAGCGAGAGAGGAGAUGUCCAGAAGAGAGAAUGAGGCAAAGUGAGCGAUCGAUCUCCGACACCAGCACCGACAAGACCAACGAUGAUCACAGAAGCAGAGGCAAUCUCGCGUCUUCGUCGUUGAUUAAUCAUUUCACAGACCUCUCUCUUCGCAGGACGUUCCACCCCGACGCUGCAGGCGUGAAUGGACUGAAUCAGAUUCGCGUCGGCGGUGACUGUGGCCAACAUGACCGUGCCAGAGGUGGCUGUGUUGGUGUCGGAGGUGGAAGUCGAAGCGGUCCCAGUUACAAAGAGAACCACCAUGAAGAAGUAGACACAACCCAAGACCACUGCGCGGCAUCAUUCCCACUGCCCCUCCAAUUUGUCCGGGACGACGCAGACUUUCGAUUCUUCUUCACCGCCGAAAUGCUCGAAAGGCAGGAGGUGAUCUGGCGGAGGGCUGCCGAUCUGGUGUUUUGA